AAUGUCCGUUUUAGUGAUCUCCGGCGACCUAAUUGACGGCUAACCUUGCGGUUGCCGCCCAUCCUUCAAAUUCAGAGCUUCAACUCGCUUGCUGAGAUCGAAUUCAACUGCUUGAAGAUUAAAGAGAGAAUCAUAGGCUAUACUUCUGGUCGGUCCAAUCACUGAUCUUCUGGUUCCCCGAAAUGGAGCCUAUUACAUUUAUCGUCGACAAAUUAAAAGAUUUCGGGACCGCAAGCCACAAUUUCUUCGAUGGUUUAGUUCGUCGCCGCCAACAAUCAUCUCGCCGCCGUCCGAUUGAAAUCCUGAAGCGGCUGCAAAGGGAAACAUUUUCAGAUUUAAUGAGACUUAGAGACAGACAAGAAAAGGUAGAGAAGGUACCAUCCUUUAACAAUACACAGAGGAGUAGUCCAUUCCAAGAAAAUGGCACUCAUGUAAGAGGAGAGGUUGAUAUAUUGGGCGCAUUACUAUUGAUGAGUGUUAUUGAUAAUCAUAGCCUCAAAACACUUCGUAGUUCUGGAAUCUCCACAGGAAUUCACUCGAGAUUGACUUUUGAAACGACUGUAAGAGAAAACGAUUCUCUUGUUGCAGAGUUCGUAGCCAAUCAGAAAGCCAAGGUGGAUUUUGGUGUUGACUCUGGAAGUGAACUUACUCUAUCUAAAGUUCUUUACAAGGCUAGUGUGAGUGAUUGGAUGUCUGCAAUUGUAGCUCCUAUUGGAGCUCGAUGUAGGGAUGUUGCUAUAAUUGCAAGCCCUUCUCGUCGGGAAAAGGGUCUUACAGAUAUUUCAUCUUUUGGACCACCCCUUUUGGAUCAGCCAAAUGGUGGCGCCAUUGGUUUAACGGUGAGAAGAUCCAAUGUUACUGCUUCCUUAGUUCAAUUCAUUUCAACAGAGGAAAUACAACCAAGUUUUGGUCGGAUUCAGCAUUGCUUUAGUACAUUUGGACAACUAAUGUGCCAAUUCUCAAGAGGAACAAAGCUCUCACUACUGGGUCUUCUCCAAGCGCCAAAAUUAUGCAAUCAACAUGUCGAUCUCGGAGCCCUUACAAUUUCAGUCGGACUAGGGAGUCGACAUGAAUCUUCUGAAACAGCCGAGACACCUGAUUCAUGUUUGUUAACAGCGUCGAGGAAAGCUAUUUCAAGGGGAUCUAUGGCUUUACUGCUGGAGUCGGAACUCGACGAAGUGAUCAGACUUGGAGGUUGGGUUGAGGUGAGGCAAUCAAAUCCGAACGACGUGCAAUGGGCUGUGUCGAUGUCUGAUAAUAAUAGUGAAGAGGCAUUAGGUUGGGGAAUGAACUUAGGUGGGAUUCAUGGAGGCACAUCAGGUACGGAUCACUUUCAGAUUGAAUCUUAUGUUAAACUGAACAUGAGUAAGAGAUUCAACGUGAAGCCAGGAAUUGCAUAUGUGACCGACGGCGAUGCCUAUAUGAUGGCCUUGCUCGUUCGGUCUAACUGGUCUAUAUGAUACCCAUCUUAUGAAAUAUCAUUUUGAGAGCUGUAGUUUGUCUGAAAGGUCCAUAUGUGCCCUCCAGCAUUUAGGUGUGGAGGACAAUAUUAUAUUCAUGCACGUCAUAAGCAAAGGAAUACCGGAAGAAAUUCAUUUUUUUUUU